CUUGAAACAAGAAGAAGAAGAAGAACUAGGGCAUCCGUUUAUAAAAUAUAGCUAGCUACGAUUUGCGAAUAGAGCGUCUCUAUUCUACCACAGCACCUUUUAAUUGAGGCAAAAAUGCCUCGUUAUGCGCAGCUGGUGAUGGGCCCGGCGGGCAGCGGUAAGAGUACCUACUGCUCCACCAUGGUCCAGCAUUCAGAGAGCCUAAACCGCUCAGUUCAGGUGGUCAAUCUGGACCCAGCAGCUGAGCACUUUGACUACCCUGUCAUGGCAGACAUCCGUGAGCUCAUCCAGGUGGAUGACGUGAUGGAGGACGAUUCUCUCAGAUUCGGCCCCAACGGAGGCCUGGUCUUCUGCAUGGAGUACUUCGCCAACAACUUCGACUGGCUGGAGGAAAGCCUGGGUCACAUAGAAGAUGACUACAUAUUGUUUGACUGCCCAGGUCAGAUUGAACUUUAUACACACCUCCCUGUAAUGAGGCAGCUGGUGGAGCAGCUCCAGCAGUGGGAGUUUCGCGUGUGUGGGGUCUUUCUGGUUGACUCCCAGUUCAUGGUGGAGUCUUUUAAGUUCAUCUCAGGAGUCAUGGCUGCCCUGAGUGCCAUGGUGUCUUUAGAGAUUCCUCAAGUAAACAUAAUGACAAAAAUGGACCUGCUCAGCCCCAAAGCCAAGAAAGAAAUUGAAAAGUAUCUGGACCCAGAUAUGUACUCAAUGAUGGAAGAUAACUCAGAUACCAUCAGAAGCACAAAGUUCAAGAAGCUGACUAAAGCCAUCUGUGGUCUGAUUGAUGACUACAGUAUGGUAAGAUUCCUGCCUUUUGACCGCACAGAUGAGGAAGGUAUUAACAUAGUACUGCAAAACAUCGACUUCUCUAUACAGUAUGGAGAGGACCUGGAGUUCAAGGAGCCAAAGGAGGUUGAGGAAGAGCCUGCUAACCUAAAUUACGAUGAAAUUUUUCAAGGCAAAGUGGACAGCUGAAGAGCAAUGUGACUACAGAGCUGCUGCAAAAAAGAGACUCUACGUGAGACCGAAAACAAAUCAGAGGCUGGUGAAAAACCAAAAGAUGUAUUAUAUCAAGCCCAAGUGAAGAAUGGAAUGUGACUGCAAGGACACUGAGAAAAGGACGUGUGGAAAAAGACUGACUCUGAAGAUCAUCAAUACCUUGUGUCAUAUAUGUUUAAAGGGUUUUGUUUUUGUCAGCCACUUUGGUUACUCAAGAACUAUGUGAUUUAAAUCCAUUCAAGAUUCAUUAUAUUAGGACAAUGCUGAAGUUUAAAGAGUUGUUAUCAAAUACAUUUAUAUUUUUAAAUAAAAUAUUCCACAAAACGUA